AUGGCCAGCCUCAAGCGCCCCGCUGAGGCCGAUGGCGCCGAUCAAGUGUGCAAAUUGACAAGGAAACAGCGUCGACGCGAGCGCAACCAGACACCGGCAGAAAAGCUUGAGUAUCAGUACCGUACCAAAGUGCAGCGUUGUGCUCAGCAAAAUGAUGCAUUCCGAGCGCUUGAAGUAUAUGAACAGAUGAAGAGCGAGGGUGUGAAGAUUGCCCCAUAUAUCUACAAUGUCGUAAUUAAUAUAUGCAGCAAGGCUGAUGAUCCAGCGGUCUACAAAUCUGGAGCUCACAAGGUAUACCAAGAUAUGAAGCAGGCAAAAACUAUCACCCAACAGAAGAAAAAUGCAGACUCAGGAGAGCCCAUAUAUAGUGCAAUGAUUAAACUCUGCAGCAAGGCACAGGAUUUUCAAAUGUGUGAAACAAUUAUUUCCGAGAUGGAGGCCGCGAAAGUAUUGCCCAGACUUCGAACUUUUAGCCCGCUUUUGCAGGCACUUAGUGAUGUAGGCAACUUAGAGAAAUGCAUUUGGGUGCACAAGAAACUACUUUCACACCAAGUUGAGCUGACAGAAGAUGAUUACGUGGCGCUGCUGCGUGCAUGUGUGAAGACUGGCAACGCCGAGCACUUUUACGCGUUUUUGAACAGAUUUAUUGACGAGAUUUGGCAGCCUACCCUGAGCACCUGGAAAGUUUUGACCGACUGGUUUACCAGUGAAGCAGCGCAGGUUAGCGGGCGCAAGUGGAAGAUCACUGAAGGAACAGUGAGCAGUGACGGCCUGUGUUCUGUGACGGGUGACCAGUUACAAUCAGUAGAGCUGUCGACGGAGCUGAUGACGGAGUUGCUGGCAAAGAUUGAAAAUCUUGUGCGCACAGAUGAGGAGCGUAUGGCGCAAUGGGAUGAGUUUAAGCAGUGGCUCGAGGAGUUUGGGCCGUUCGAUGUGGUCAUUGACGCUGCCAACGUGGGUUUCUGCAACCAGAACUUUGAUGGCGGCGGCUUUAAUUAUGCGCAGAUUGAACAUAUGCUGCAGCACUACGAGGCGCAAGACAAAAAAGUUCUGAUCGUGCUCCACAAGCGCCGCAUCUCAGACGAACAGGUGCCCGUCAAUUACCGAGCGCGAAUCGCACAAUGGCGCCAGCACCACAAGAUGUUUAAUUGCCAACCUGGAAAUAAUGACGACUGGUACUGGCUCUAUGCAGCUGUGAAGCUUGGUGGACGCACACUUAUGGUCUCUAAUGACGAAAUGCGUGACCAUCAUUUUCAAAUGAUCCACAACCGAGCUUUUCGUCGAUGGAAAGAGCGCCACCAAGUGCGUUACCAAGUGCACGGUAGUCGCUUAACGGUUGAUGAACCGCUGCCGUAUUCGGCGCGUCCACAGCGUGUUGGCGACAACUGGCACUUUCCUUUAGCUGAUACAGCAGUCAACGAUUGUAGCACCGUCGAGACUGCCUCUUCAAAAGUCGCUGAUCGCAAAUGGCUGUGUAUUGAAUUGACGUUGUCCGACUAG